GGGCCAGGCUGCUUCCCUUCUUAACCGGCACCGCCGCGUGUCUGGGGCACAGCUUCUCCGAUUAGAAGUGCUGCGAGGUGUUGUUUCACGUGUGCCCCAAGUUGAGGCUCCCAGAGGGACGCGGCGGACGGCGGUAGCAGAGUCCGCCCCUCCAAGAAAACAUUGUUUUCCUGUCCGGAUACUCACGGGCUGUAUCCCUAUCCAACCCAGCGAGCAGCAGCGUCUCAUCAGUGGGGUACUUCUUACUGCACAUUCCAAGUGCAGGUGUUCUCAAACCUUAGGGGUACAUCAGAAUCACUGGAGGAAUAAGAACACAGAAGCCCCUCGGUCACUGAGGGCCAUGUGACCUUUGAGGAUGUGGCUGUGUACUUCUCCCAGGAGGAGUGGGCGCUCCUUGACGAGGCUCAGAGACACCUGUACCGCACCGUGAUGCUGGAGAACUUGGCACUGAUAGCCUCCCUGGGGGCCACCGAUCCUCAAUGUGCAGACGGGUGGGAGAGGCUCUUACACCCCCGGGCACGGCUGAGAGGAACUACGUUACCCAGAAGACUGUGCUCCCAGCUUCCGGAUCACGCUGACCAAUGAGGGCGCACGCCGGGGCGUUUCCAAGAGGCCGAAAGGCCAGGGGCGGGGCUUCCCUCCUGUGCCUCGUGGAUGCCGUGCUUCUUGGGCUCGUAGCCCUGCGUCCGCCGAAGGGAACUGGAACCUAGAGGAGCAGAAGAGGGCACGUGUGCUCUGCACGGAGCGGGUCUGAGGUUCGGCGCGAGCACGGCUGCGCGGAGCCGCUUUCGGGGCCUCCUGCCGGUCUCCGCCAUUAUCACGCGUCCCCUGGCCCGGUUGAGCCCGCCGAUGACUAUGGUGACGGCCGGGCCAAGGUACCCGGCGCAGGGCCAUGUGACCUUUGAGGAUGUGGCUGUGUACUUCUCCCAGGAGGAGUGGGCGCUCCUUGACGAGGCUCAGAGACACCUGUACCGCACCGUGAUGCUGGAGAACUUGGCACUGAUAGCCUCCCUGGGUUGUUGGCAUGGGGUAAAAGCUGAGGAAGCUUUUUCUGAGCAAUGUGUUUUUAUGGAAAGAGUGUCACAGGCCAGGACUCCAGACCCAGGCCUGUCUAUCCCAAAGGCUCAUUCCUGCAAUGUGUGUGUCCUAGCGGAGAAAGACGUCUUGUACCUUGCUGAGCAUGAAGGAACAUGUGCUGGACUGAAACCAUGCACUUGUGGGCCUUGUGGAAAACUGUGCUUGUUUAGUUCUUACUUACACCAGCACCAGAAGCAGAACCAUGGAGAGAAGGACCUUGGAAGGGAGGAGAACGGGGCUUUGUUCAUGAAGAGCAAAGUCCUCAUGUCAGACAAUAUUUUCACCUGUGGAGAGGUUGAGCAUUAUUCCCUGGGCAGCCUGGGCCUUCUCCAGCACCAGACCAUCCCCAGCGGAGAGCAUCCACACAGAGGCAGCGGGAGCAGGGCAAUUUCUCACACUCGGCGACGGCAGCACAGCACACAUGGGCAAGCCUGCCACAAAAAGGUUAAAUUCAUGGGGCAGCAGAGCGCUCACACUGAAGAAAGCCUUCAUAAGUGCAGUCAAUGUGAAAAAUCCUUCGUCUCCAAAAAAAGACUUCUUGAGCACCAGAGAAUCCACACUGGAGGAAAGCCUCAUGAGUGUAGCAAGUGUGGCAGGUUCUUUAAGUACAAAUCUAGUCUUAACCAACACUGGAAAGUUCACACUGGAGAAAGGCCUCAUAAGUGCAGUGACUGCGGGAAGUCCUUCAUCUAUAAAAGCAGACUUCUUGAGCACCAGAGAAUCCAUACUAGAGAAAGGCCUUAUAAGUGCAGUGAAUGUGGGAAGUCUUUCAUCUAUAAAAAGAGACUUCUUGAGCACCAGAGAAUCCACACUGGAGAAAGGCUUUAUAAGUGCAGUGAAUGUGGGAAGUCUUUCUUCUACAAAAGAAUACUUAUAAGGCACCAGAGAAUCCACACUGGAGGAAAGCCUCAUGAGUGUAACGAAUGUGGGAAAUUCUUUAGACACAGACCCAACCUUAUUCAUCACCGGGAAGUUCACUCUAGAGAAAGGCCUUAUAAAUGCAGUGAAUGUGGGAAGUCCUUCAUCCAUAAAAGGAGACUUCUUGAGCACCAGAGAAUCCACACUAGAGAAAGGCCCUAUAAGUGCAAUGAAUGUGAAAAGUCCUUCUUCUACAAAAGAAUACUCCUUGAGCACCAGAGAAUCCAUACUGGAGAAAAGCCUUAUGAGUGUAACGAAUGUGGGAAGUUCUUGAGACACAAAUCUAGCCUUAAUCAUCACUGGAAAGUUCACACUGGAGAAAGGCCUCAUAAGUGCAGUGAAUGUGGGAAGUCCUUCAUCCAUAAAAAGAGACUUCUUGAACACCAGAGAAUCCACACUGGAGAAAGACUUUAUAAAUGCAGCGAAUGUGAAAAGUCCUUUGUCUACAAAAGCAGACUUCUUGAGCACCAGAGAAUUCACACUGAGAAAAGCCUUAUGAGUGCAGCCAAUGUGGGAAGUUCUUCAGACACAGCUCCACCCUUCUUAAACACCAGAAAGUUCACAACGGAGAAGGCCAUCUCAGCGUGGUAAAUGUGGAAAUCUUACAUCCACAAAAAAAGAUUUGCACCAGAGAAUCCACAUCAGAGAAAAGUUUUAUGAAUGCAGCAAGUGUGGGUAAACCUUCAUAAAAAGGUUUGAAUUCAGUGAGCACCAGAGAGUUCACCCUGGAGAAAAGCCAUAUGAAUGUAAUGAAUGUGGGAAGUUCUUUAGACACUGAUCAUUGAUCCGCUCACAUUCAACACCAAAAAGUUCAUGCUGGAGAGAGGCCUUGAAUAUGUGUAAUGAAUGUGGGAUGUCCUUCAUUUACAAAAGAAAUCUUGAGCACAGAGAAUCCAAACUGGAGGAAGAACCUUUGAGUAUAAUGAAUGUGGGAAAGCCUUCAGCCUCAAGGAUAGACUUGUUCAGCACCACAAAGUCCACACUGGAGAAAAGCCUAUUUGUGCAGCAAAUGUGGAAAGUAUUUCAGUGGAAGAUAUUGCUUCAUCAGGCGCCAGAAAGUUCACAGUAGAGAAAGUCCUUAGUAGUAGACAAACACCUUGUUGUUUAAGCCACGUUGAAGUGUGGAGGUUAUGUGCACUUUGGGGGUAGGUUUAGGAUAGAAUUGUGGUUUGCCAGUGUGAAGGGGUGAACAGCUUUUGUGAGUCAGUGUCAUGUCAGAGGCACAGUACAAGUCAGAAAAUAUUUUUUUGUUUAAGAUUUUAUUGGGCGCCAGGGUGGCUCAGUUGGUUAAGUGACUGCCUUCGGCUCAGGUCAUGAUCCCGGAGUCCCGGGAUCGAGUCCCGCAU